AUGGAAGAGAAAGAUCAGAGCAGCAGAGAUGCAGGAGACGAAUCAAACCGAGCCAUCCUGCCGCUGCUCGAGCCUCCCGGAAAUCUGCACCGGAUCACCAACUUCUACAUCGACAACAUUUUGCGCCCGGACUUCGGACGCAGGAAAGAAAGCGCCGCCGCAGCCAACGCGACCGAGCGCAGCGACAUUAACGCGUCCGGGAGAGAGAACCGGUGUCCUUCAGAGGCGGGGACCGACACAGACCGAGCAGGAUCACCGGAGUCGGGGGAAGGAGCAUCGAACCCCGCCGUCAGCGGCACGAAGCCCGGGGCGGAAACCGGCGCGGAUCAGUGCGCAAACUCGCCCAAUAACCAGCAGAUGCUGUGGCCAGCCUGGGUUUACUGCACCAGAUACUCGGACAGACCCUCAUCAGGGCCCCGAUCGCGCAGACCAAAGAAGAAGACUGUGACUCGGGAGGAUAAGCGGCCCCGCACGGCCUUCACGGCGGAGCAGCUGCAGCGGCUGAAGGCGGAGUUCCAGUCGAACCGGUACCUGACGGAGCAGCGGAGACAGAGCCUCGCCACCGAACUGCAGCUCAACGAGGCCCAGAUCAAAAUCUGGUUCCAGAACAAGAGGGCCAAAAUCAAGAAGGCGUCGGGCACCAAGAACACACUGGCGCUGCACCUGAUGGCGCAGGGGCUGUACAACCACGCCACCACCGCCAAGGACGACAAAUCAGACAGCGACUGAUCACAGCGCGUCAUAACGCGUCAUAGCGCGCGCAUAGACCUGAACCAUGAGCGGCCUGGGUGCUCUGAGAAACCAGCGGAAACGGACUGGAUGAGCUUUUAUCACUCUGCAAUACCUUUCUGUAGCCUUUCAUUUACUGUGGUGUGAGUUUGAUUUGUCUUUUUUAAAUUAUUAUUAUUAUUAUUAUUAUUAUUAUUAUUAUUAUUAUUAUUGCAAACAUAAACUCUGCUGUCCACACAGGUGAAGUAGCCUACACUCUCGGAGAAAAGGGUACUACAUGUUACCAUUCCCUGUCGCUGUACUGGUGCCAUCCAGUGUACACUUUUAGUACCUUUAGUGCGCAUCUUUAAAGCCUAAAAGACACCCGCGGUCCAGUUAUGCAUCCUAACUCUCUGAAUAAAGAUCACUCCUUCCACAUUUCCAGGUGAAACAAUGAGGUUCACUUUAGUACCCUUUCUUCUCAGAGUGUUUACGAGUUUUUAAUGUAAAACGAAGCGCUUCUGACUGACUCCUGAUCGUCUUUAAUCCAUGCUGAAGUCCAAAGAGUUUUUCAUUUCCAUGCUGCAUUCAGGCAACUGUGAUUUAAAAACGUGUUUAUGUCCUUUUUCCAUGUUUAAUGUCUAAUGUUAUGAUUGCGGAAGAAUAUUUUUUAAGUUUUACUGAUUGUUUUUUUUUUUUUGUGUGUGUGUGUGUUUAAGCUGGAAUUAAAAAAGUAACACAGCAUAUGGAUAUGUGUACACAUUAUACGCAUUAUUAUACUGUAUUUAUAGGUUUAUAAGGAAAAGGUCUAUUUAACUUUGUUACAGGUUACACCAUUAUUAUGUUCGCACACAACACGGUCUCGCGCGAGGAAAUUCGUAGGAAUUCGUACGGGGG